AUGUUCCCGCGCAGGCUGGCGGGCGCGCUGGCGGCGGCGGCGGCGCGCGCUGUACCGCGGAGUUCGGGCCUGCUCGCCCUGCUAGCCAAUCAGUGUAGCUUCGUGACGGGUCUGCGCGUGCGGCGCGCGCAGCAGAUCGCGCAGCUCUACGGCCGCCUCUACUCGGAGAGCACGCGCCGGGUCCUCCUCGCCCGCCUGUGGCGCCGGCUGCGUGGCCGCUCGGGCCAUGCCUCGGCUGUGAUGGCAGCGCUUGCUGGCGUCUUCGUGUGGGACGAGGAGCGUAUCCAGGAAGAGGAGUUGCAGAGAUCCAUUGAUGAAAUGAAACGGUUGGAGGAAAUGUCAGCUGUGUUUCAGAGCCCUGGGGUUGAGCGCCACCUGCCAGAACCAAAAUCCCAAACAGAAGGGAGUGAAGAUUCAGGGGUCAGAGAGCAACCAUGGGAAAUGGUGAUGGAUAAGAAACACUUUAAGCUGUGGCGGCGCCCUAUUACAGGCACCCAUCUUUACCAGUACAGAGUUUUUGGAACCUACACAGAUGUGACACCCCGGCAGUUCUUCAAUGUUCAGCUGGAUACAGAGUAUAGAAAAAAGUGGGAUGCCCUGGUAAUCAAGCUGGAAGUGAUUGAGAGAGACGUGGUUAGUGGUUCUGAGGUUCUUCACUGGGUAACACAUUUUCCUUAUCCAAUGUACUCACGGGAUUAUGUGUAUGUUCGGCGGUACAGUGUGGAUCAGGAAAACAAUGUGAUGGUGUUGGUGUCACGUGCUGUGGAGCACCCUAGUGUGCCUGAGUCCCCGGAAUUCGUGAGGGUCAGAUCAUAUGAAUCCCAGAUGGUUAUCCGUCCUCACAAGUCAUUUGAUGAGAAUGGCUUUGACUACUUGUUGACAUACAGUGACAAUCCCCAGACUGUGUUUCCUCGCUACUGUGUUAGUUGGAUGGUUUCCAGUGGCAUGCCGGAUUUCCUGGAGAAGCUGCACAUGGCCACUCUGAAAGCCAAGAACAUGGAGAUCAAAGUAAAGGACUAUAUCUCGUCUAAGCCUGUGGAAAUGGGUAGUGAAGCCAAGGCCACCACGCCAUCUUCUGAGCGGAAGAACGAGGGUAGUUGCGGCCCUGCCCGGAUCGAGUACGCUUAACAGGGCUUUGGGAUGAGAAGGGACAGGCUGCUUCUAGCCCUGUCUCAGUCCCUAUCACUCUGCUGCAGAAGCGGGAUGUGUACUAAAAGGUGUCUGCUGUAACCACCAGUGCGAGACAAUUCAGUGACUGGUGACCGGUUUCAUUCAGAGCCCUCUUUGCUCUUUAUGAAAACAGAGAAGAAGGAGGCGUCCACGGGGCAUUGUCGUAUUCUCAGGCCAAGCGUGUUGCAAUUCAGUAUUUCGGUGAGCUAAUCUGGAGCACACCGCAGGCCAGAAGGGGAUGGCUUGUUUUUGCUCCCUCUGAGUAGUUUCCUCUGCCAACAUUCCAGUUUCCACCAUCAGUUCUGCAUUUGGACUUCCUUUAUUCUAAAGGUCCAAUGGGAAAGUGGAAAGUGAAGUUGGCUGGUCGAUGGUUCACUUGGUUCAAUGAGGGGUCAUAGUGUUGAAUGGAUGUGCACUGUUGCUUGGCAGUGUAAGUGCCUUGUCCUCGCCUUGCUAUCUUCAGGGACAUAAAGUUUGUACCAGGAAAUUUCUUUCUUUGCCUCCCAAAUACCACCCAUUGCCUACCCAAAGCCAUUUCCUUUGGAUUGGCCAGCUCUUCCAUAUUCAUGCACUGUGUUAAUUUGGCUUGGCACCUCAUUCCUUGGCUCAUUUACUGAGAACACUGGGAACCGAUUCCUUUCAGACCGUAGCUUUCUGUAUUAUUGUUUUGAUAGAAUAAGUGGAAAUGUUCAAAACAUCACACAUUAAUAUUUUUUUAAUCUUUGUGUCAAAAAGUAGGAAUUGGAGAAUUGUACAGAAUUUCUCCAGUCCCACUGUUCAGAAAACACCAUUCUGAUUCAGGCAUUAUUUUUCACGCUUCACGGUUGUCUGGAUGCUGAGAACUUGUCCGUGUCAGAAGGCUAAGCAAAGGAGUGAGGUCGGGCCACUCCCCAGAGCUCUCAGAGCUGUAAACAAGCUCUGUGACCCAGGGGGUGAAAUUUUGCCCCAAACACUAAUAUAAUGGUUUUAUAUAACCCUCUCAUUCCUCUGAAAUUUUUUGCUCCUUCAGAGAGAAAAUGGAAGCAAACUAUGCUCUUUGGAUGAAGUCACAGUCAGAGGGUAUCAAUCUGGCCUUGCUGAUUCUGCUGACGGUCAUGCUGCCAUCUGAUGGGAGAAUAGGGAUCAAGUUUUAAAUCCUCUCUCCCCUUUUUUUUUAUAAUUUAAAUGAUGAGAUUCCCCCCCCCCUUUUUUUUCCCUACUUGGAUCUAAACCUGAGACUAACUUAAGUCCCUCAACCUUUUUGUUGCCUGUGAAGAUUUGUGCCAAGGAAAUAACUACCUGGUGUUUCCUGUCUUGCCUCCUCUAAGUCAUUGGCAGAGCAGAGAUGCAGUGAGCAGCCUCAGCUCCCCCUACUUUUUUUUAAUCCUCACUCGAGGACAUUUUUUCAUUGCUUUUAGAGGGAGAGAAACAUCAAUCGGUUGCCUCCCAUACGCACCUGGACUAGGGAUUGAAUCCGUAACCUUUCUUUAGGUUAUGAGAUGACUGUCCAAACAACUGAGCCACAUAAGCCAGGCUCCCUAGCUUCUUUCCAUGAUCAGUUCUCUGUUCUCAUCCCUAGAACCUGAUAAGCCAGGGAAGCGGCCCUGGGUUAUGUCUGCACUCAGUACCUGUGAUUGUCAGGGCGUGGGUGGCUGUGGGCGAGAGUGUGCAUGAGUGCGCAGGCAUUACAGAGCUCUGUGUUGCUCGUGUUCCGAUUUGGGGGAAUUUGGCUGCAUUUGGAGUCGGUCUAUAUAGUUACGUAUGUCAUCAUAAUGAUUUCACUCCUUACUGAUAUUUUUAUCAUACGUGUGAAUAAAUGCAUAAAGAUUGGUAUAAAA